AUGGUUGUAGCCAGAAAUUUAUGGAGAUUAUUAAUGAGAUCAAGGAAUUGUGAUCAUGUGGCAGUCCGAAGAAGUUUCUACUCUGCUUGGAUCAAAUGUGCAGGAACAGUGGCUGAAACGCAGCAAACUGAUGGUGGUAAUAACAUUGAUGUAGAACGUCUCUUCACAAGAAGUGAUAUUCAGAGUUUAUUAAAAAGUCUUACGGGAUUAAAUCUUAGGGAGAAAUUAUUCAAAAAUCGGCAAAUUACUAAACCUCAGCGUGCACAUUAUGCUUUAAUGACGGAUGAAGCUUACGAGAAGACAGUGAAAAGUAUGGAAGAAAUAGGAACGAAUUUUCUGCAGUUUGUGCCAGUAUUAGAACCACGUUGUAGUACACCAAUUAUUUUAGCCAACGAUCCGGAAAUUAAGGGCUUUGAUAAUAGUAAAUAUGUCUUUACAGAUCUUUCGUUUGGUCUUGGAGUUCAGGUUCGCUCAGUUGUUGUACGUGAAACAGAUGGUACAUUACGGAGUGCAACACCAGAAGAACGAGACCGAAUGACAAGGGUUUACAAAGGUCACCCUUAUCGACCAAUAUAUGAGCCACCGCUAUUCAAAGAUCCAUAUUUACAGAUGGCAUUGGAUAGGAAUGACCAUGAAUAUGUCCUUGAUUGGGCUUGCCAUUAUUAUUUACCAAAUGACCCCGUUUUCAUCAAGCUCUGUCACGUGAUAUUUGAUCGGACAAUAAAUGAAAAUAAAUUUGCAAAUCUACACUCGACGAGACAUUUUGGACCCUUCGUUUUCUACAUCGUAUUAAAUAACAAGAUUGAGGAUGCUGCAAAUUUAGUGCGUCUAAUCAAAGCAAUUUUCCCUGAUGAAAUCUGGAAUUGUCAGAUGAAGGAUGCAGAUGAUCUGAAAGUAUUACAGCAGUACGCCGAAGAAAAUAUGGAUUGCAAAAUUAUUCUACGUGAUUUGAUAAGAAUAUCAGAAAACAAGCAGGAAGAAAUUAGCACUGACAAGGAUGAUGCUAGCAGAGAAAUAAAAAGUGAAAAAGAGCUUACUCCAACAAUAAAUAAGGAAAGUUUCGCAAGUCCGGAAGGACCACUGGGUGAAAUGGCUAAGACCUAUGAUGUACGUGUGGUGCGAGGGUCAUUUGAAGCUGUUGAACAGAUGCAAAAAUUGAGUGAAAAAUCCAGCAAGGGUAAAAAACGAAAGGAUAAAAAAAAAUGA